AUGAGCCGUUUAGGGUUUAAGUCCGUGGUCUUCCACGGCGACCUGUGUUUGGGAGAACUGGAUGCUAUUCCGGUGAAGGACCAGAAGUUCCAGUUCCCGAACAAUGAGAUUCGAAUCAACCACAUAUCGCAACAAAGUGAACGAUGCCCUCCUCUCUCAAUUCUCCAAACGAUUUCGUCAUUUUCGGUUCGAUGCAAGCUCGAAUCGACCUCCCCUGUUGAACAGAACCAUUUGAUCAAUCUUCACGCCUGCUGCUUCUACGAGUUCAAGACUGCGGUUGUAGUGGUUGGUGGUGAAGAGAUUCACUUGGUGGCAAUGCCGAGUAAGCAGAAGAAGUUUCCAUGCUUUUGGUGCUAUGCGGUUCCUGUAGGUCUGUACAGUGCUUCACUACGAAUGCUGAAUCUAAGGUGUCUCUCAAUUGUGUUUGAUCUCGACGAGACGCUGAUUGUUGCCAACACCAUGAAGUCUUUUGAUGAUAGAAUUGAGGCUUUACGAAGCUGGAUUGCACGCGAGAGUGACAUGGUGAGAAUAGCCGGAAUGUCUGCUGAAAUGAAGCGGUACAUGGACGAUCGGUGGCUGUUGAAGCAGUACAUAGAUAAUGAUUGUGUGGUGGAUAAUGGAAAGGUGUACAAGGUUCAACAGGAGGAUGUUCCUCCGCUGUCUGAUAACCACGAGAAAAUUGUUCGGCCUAUCAUUAGAUUGCCAGAGAAGAACAUUGUGCUCACUCGCAUCAAUCCCGAGAUUCGUGAUACCAGCGUGCUUGUGAGGUUACGACCUGCGUGGGAAGAUUUGAGAAGUUAUUUAACUGCAAAAGGACGCAAGCGGUUUGAAGUUUAUGUCUGUACCAUGGCUGAAAGGGAUUAUGCCUUAGAAAUGUGGAGGCUUCUUGAUCCAGAGUCACACCUAAUAGGUUCAAAGCAACUUCUGGACCGUGUUGUCUGUGUCAAAACAGGCUCCAGGAAAUCAUUACUCAAUGUCUUUCAACAUGGAGUGUGCCAUCCAAAGAUGGCAAUGGUAAUUGAUGACCGUUCAAAGGUUUGGGAAGAUAAGGAUCAACCUCGAGUUCAUGUAGUUCCAGCGUUCACUCCUUAUUAUGCCCCUCAAGCAGAGACAGCAAGUCCCGUUCCUGUCCUCUGUGUUGCAAGAAAUGUUGCAUGCAAUGUCAGAGGUUGUUUUUUCAAAGAGUUUGAUGAGAUUUUACUGCGAAGAAUUUCUGAAGUUUUUUAUGAAGAUGAGGUGGUAAAUUUACCUCCUGCUCCUGAUGUGAGCAAUUACUUGAUGUCUGAGGAUGCUGGUUUGGCAACCAAUGGAAAUGUUAAUGCUCCUGUUAGUGAAGGAAUGAAUGGCGGUGAAGUUGCAAGGAGAAUAAACCAAUCUGAUGACAAGUUUGGUACAGACUCAGUGGCUCAUUCUCUGAAAAAUCAUGCUGAGGCAAGAUCUGACAACUCUCAGGCACCUGUUGCAAUUCUUCCCAAUGUCGUUGGUGCAGCAUCUUUGAGGCCGGUCAUGCCUUCUCAGAAACCUGGUUUGCUUGGACCUCCUGUUAGACGAGACAGCUUUUCUGAUCGUGACUAUGAAAUGAAGAGAGGACUCCUUGGUACAAAUCCUGGUUUAGAUAUGAGAAAUCAAACCUCUGCUGAACUCCUGCAUCUCUCUAGGGUACCUGCACAAAUGCCAGCAUCCUCAAUACAUGCACAAGGGGGAUGGUUGGUGGAUGACGACAACAAUAGAGGACCUCCGAGUAAUCGACCUUCUGGGUUUGUUCAACCGCCUGACAUCACAAAAUCUGAAAAGCUAGUUCACCAGAAUCCUUUUAGUCCUGCUACACCAAGUUCUACUCCCAGUGGUUUGCUCUCACACAAAUCUGAUGUGAAAAGGGAAGAGGUAUGCUCUGGACAAGAUUUACAAAAACAAAAUCUUCCUCCUCCAAGUCAGCUAUCAGAGGCUGGUGCAUCCCAGAAUCAGGCAUCUUCUUUUAAUAGAGAAUCUCAAUUAGAAACUGCAAAAGUGAACCUCCUGCCGUCCCCUUUAUCUAUUGGAGUGCUGCAGGAAAUUGGACGAAGAUGCAGCUCAAAGGUUGAGUUCAGGUCUGUUGUAAGCACCAGUAAUGAUUUGCAGUUCUCUGUUGAGGUUCUCUUCACUGGAGAGAAGAUUGGUUUUGGAAUGGGUAGGACGAGGAAGGACGCUCAACAACAGGCUGCUGAGAAUGCUCUUCACAGCUUGGCUGAUAAAUAUGUUGCGUAUCUCGCACCUCGUUCUGGAGCUGUGGACAGAGAUAUUGAUAAAGUCUCGGUCGGGAAUGAAAAUGGAUUUGUAUUGGACAUCGUCGGUCCUGAAUUGACUGAGCUGCUAAGGGAAGAUGGAAUGCCUAAAGAAAGCACUUCUGAGGCUGCUGAAGUUGAACCUGGAAGUACUUAUAUUACGGUGAGUCAGCAAGUUCAAAAGCGUGCAAGUUCUCCAAGGUAA